AUGGCAUUGCAGUCGACAGCUCUCAAAUCUAUCAAGUCUCUCGCCCCUCUCCUGGACCGUGUCCUCGUCCAGCGCAUCAAGGCAGAGGCUAAGACCGCAUCCGGCAUCUUCCUCCCAGAAUCUAGUGUCAAGGAGUUGAACGAGGCAAAGGUCCUUGCUGUUGGCCCCGGAGGUUUGGAUAAGGAUGGAAAGAGAGUUGCUUGCAGUGUUGCGCCAGGUGAUAAGGUUUUGAUUCCUCAGUAUGGAGGAUCACCCGUCAAGGUCGGAGAACAAGAAUACUCUCUCUUCCGGGACUAUGAACUUCUCGCGAAGAUCAACGAAUAA